GGAGCUCGAGCGGAGGACGUGAGGUUGAGGCGGCGGUGGUGGCGGCGGCGGCUGUUGUGUGGCGCGGAGGCCGCCUGAGGAGAGGAGCAGCGGAGGCCGAGGCCGAGCCGCGGGACCGGCGACAGGCAGCGCCAUGGCGGGAGGCUGGGCCUGAGUGCUGGCGAAAUACCAGGGAUGCUUUAAAAGACUAAAUUUUCCAGGAACUGCAGAGUGAGCUCGGCUUUAGUGAGCCAGAGAACUGCAAAACAUGGAUUAGGAUUUAACAGAAGAUUUCUCAGCCUGUACAAACUUGAACUGAGGAAGUCUGACAGACAGCUGUGAGAGAAAUGAGUUUACAUCGCAAUCAACAACUGGGCCCAGGCUCUGACAGGGACCUGCAGUCCUCGGCCUCCUCCGUCAGUCUACCUUCAGUCAAAAAGGCACCAAAGAAACAUCGUCUGUCACUGGGGUCUCUGUUUCGCAGGAAGAAAGAGUCAAAACGCAAAUCCAGAGAUCUAAACGGAGGAGUGGAUGGAAUUGCGAGUAUCGAAAGCAUUCACUCUGAGCUGUACAAUGACAAGAACUCCAUCUUCUCAACCUGCGGCUCGUCCGAAAGUGGCAAUGCGUCCACCGACAAGCCGAGCGGAGACUUGCUCGAAUGCCCUCUGUGCCUUUUGCGUCAUCCCAGGGACAGGUUCCCCGCCAUCAUGACUUGCCAUCACCGCUCGUGUGCGGACUGCUUGCGACAGUACUUGAGGAUUGAGAUCUCUGAGAGCAGGGUCAACAUCAGCUGCCCAGAGUGCUCCGAGCGAUUCAAUCCCCAUGACAUUCGCAUGAUUUUAAAUGACGAUUUGUUGAUGGAAAAGUACGAGGAGUUUAUGUUGCGCCGGUGGCUGGUGGCGGAUCCCGACUGUCGAUGGUGUCCUGCUCCGGACUGUGGCUAUGCAGUGAUAGCAUUUGGCUGUGCCAGCUGUCCCAAACUGACCUGUGGCCGCGAAGGAUGUGGUACGGAGUUCUGCUACCACUGUAAACAAAUCUGGCAUCCCAAUCAGACCUGCGACGCCGCUCGCCAACAGAGAGCACAAAGUUUACAUCUCCGCACCAUCCGCUCCUCGUCUAUCAGCUACAGUCAGGACUCGGGCGCGGCGGGCACAGAGAACUGGACUCUACGCCGAUAUGUACAGGAUGAGAUUUCGGGAAGGAAGGGCUUGCCUGAGAUAAACAGCCUGCUCGUCAAUCAGAUUUUGCCAACUCGCUCCACAGCGGACGACAUAAAGCCUUGCCCGCGAUGCACCGCUUAUAUCAUAAAAAUGAACGAUGGGAGCUGCAAUCACAUGACGUGUGCGGUUUGUGGCUGCGAGUUCUGCUGGCUCUGUAUGAAAGAGAUUUCUGACCUGCAUUAUUUAAGUCCUUCCGGGUGUACUUUCUGGGGAAAGAAACCUUGGAGCCGUAAAAAGAAGAUUCUGUGGCAGCUGGGAACAUUGGUGGGUGCUCCUGUAGGGAUCGCUCUGAUCGCAGGGAUUGCCAUCCCGGCUAUGAUCAUUGGCAUUCCUGUCUACGUGGGCCGCAAGAUUCACAAUCGUUAUGAAGGAAAAGAUAUUUCAAAGCACAAGCGGAACCUGGCAGUCACCGGGGGUGUGACACUGUCUGUCAUCGUUUCCCCUCUGGUCGCUGCAGUCACUGUAGGGAUCGGGGUCCCCAUUAUGCUGGCCUAUGUAUACGGAGUGGUCCCCAUCUCCCUCUGUCGCAGUGGUGGCUGUGGGGUGUCUGCAGGCACUGGCAAAGGAGUGAGGAUAGAAUUUGAUGAUGAGAACGAGAAUGGUGGCGGAGGAAAUACAGCUUUGGAUACCACUUUUGUGGUUGAGACACGACAUAACCCCAGUAUUGGGGAGGAGAGCGUGGGGGGUCUGACAGGGAGUCUGAGUGCCAGCGGGAGCCACAUGGACAGAAUUGGUGCCAUUCGGGACAACCUGAGUGAAACUGCGAGCACUAUGGCAUUGGCUGGAGCCAGCAUCACAGGCAGCCUCUCUGGGAGCGCAAUGGUCAGUUGUUUCAACAGGUUGGAGGUGCAGGCGGACGUACAGAAGGAGCGUUACAGUCUUAGUGGGGAGUCUGGCACGGUCAGCCUCGGGACCAUCAGUGACAACGCCAGUACCAGGGCUAUGGCUGGAUCCAUUCUCAACUCCUUCAACCCCCUGGACAGGGAAGGCAACAGUGUAGAGGUGCAAGUGGACAUUGAGUCAAAACCUGCCAAGUUCCGGCACCACAGUGGGAGCAGCAGCCUGGACGAGGGCCAGCCUGGCCGCACUGUUCCUGUGGACAGCCGGAGCGCUGCCUCCAAGUGCCCCAAAGAAACCUCGGCCGGCAAGAAGUGCAAAGGGAAGCUGCGCAAACGGGGCAGCACUAAGAUCAACGAGACCCUGGAGGAGAUGGACGCCCGAUUGCUGGAGCAGAGAAGCACCAAUUCCAGCGAGUUCGACUCCCCGUCGCUGAGUGACAGCAUCCCAUCUGUCGCCGACUCCCAUUCCAGCCACUUCUCCGAAUUCAGCGGCUCCGACAUGGAGAGCAUGAAAACCUCCUGCAGCCACAGCUCGAGUGACUAUCACAGUCGCUUGGUGGCAGUCAGCCCCCUCCCCGAGGUGGAGAGCGAUCGCCUGGAGAAUUGUCAAUCCCAGGGUGUGGGCCCCCCACCUCCUGUCCCCACCCUGACUGUGCCCAGCGCUGAGGGCUUGCAGUUAGGCUUCAUAGCGGAGGAGAAUGGGACGGUCACAUCAGCUAUGCUGAACUGUGCCUCUGAGGAGGUGCUGAACAUAACCAACAACAACCAGCAGCAGCUAUCCAGUGCUUUACACAACGGGGUCAUCCACACUGACAUUUAGCCCCUCGAUGCUGCUUUCAGGCCUCACUGAAUCAGUCCAGCUAAUAACAGUUGAUUAUAUGGAAACUGAUAUUGGAAGAAAAACGCUAACUAAAGGGGGACUGAAACGGUGCUUACUAACCAGCAAAGAUCAUGAGUUUGAAUGACAAAUAAUGUUAGGUGUCAGGGUUAAAUAUGUCACUCUUCACGAAUCUCCCUUUCACUCAGUUCUCCUCUCUGGUGGUUGGGGAGGGCAGGAGGGGGCAGGUGUGAUCGGGCAGUGUUAAUAUCUGAACCGUGUUGGGUUGAGAACUGGUGUGUGGUGAUCUAUCUAUCUAUCAUACAACCUAGCAGGGAGUGGGCGACUGUACAUUGAGAGGUGCGAGCAGAAAUCACCCAACGACCGUGACUGAAAAACUCAUCCUUUGCCAUUCUGUAUCCCCCGACCCCCAUCCCCCUUCCCCGGCUUCAUGGUGCCUUUUGAGAAGACAAGGCCAGGGUGUGACCCUGGGUGGUUGAGGGUAUGUUUAUACCUCCUAACAGACCUCCUGUACCGGGCUCUGAUGUACCACAAACCAAUGCUAAAGGGAUGGCUGCGGUCGAAAGACAAACUUAAUAUGUGUAUAAUGAAUAAUCUUACAAUAUAACCCUAUAUUAACCUACCAAAGACAGUACUCAGGCUUAGCAAACCUUUUCAUAACUAGGUUCUUUGUUCUGCUCAAAGCAAAGGUGUUCACAAACCAAUGAAUCCUGCGCUUUGUUACACAGACUGAAAGCACAGUGCAAUAUUUGCACACUGCUUUGGGACAUAAGGGGAGAUGGUAAAGACUAUAUAUAUAUAUAUAUAUAUAUAUGUGUGUGUGUAUGUAUAUAUAGUCUUUGUUUCCUGUGUGCUGAGAGACACUACAAACGCUCACAAAAAGGCUGUGGUCAGCCUUGUAAUGGUGCACUGUUGAAAUCACAACGUACUUCAUUUACUGAGAUGCGAAAAGGUGACAUUAAAUCUGAGGACUGAAGUAUAUUUUGUGCAUUAUUCAGUCCAUUGGUGUGUGUUAGGUUCAUGUUGCCACGUUGAUCGAUGACGCUUGAAAUUGCCAUCUGCGAAUGAAAGAAAGCGACAAGUUGCAGUCUUUUGUCAUUUCUAACGAGCUUUGGAACACUAGUGCCAGUUACCGAUCGGUCUACUCUGUCGCUUACUGCUUCUCAAGAUAUUUGCAUAUCUGUUUGCAAGCUGAUUUGAGUGACAGGACGAGUGUAAGAUACAUAUCAAAAAUAAAAGUAAAUAAAGACA